AAUAAAGAAUCGAUUUUAUUGAUGAAAAUUACGGCGUAACGUAUUUCUUUGCAAGGAAAUAACGAGCAAUUUGAAAAUAUAUUACGUAAUAUGCCUAAACUAAAUAUAAUUUGUAAGGGUUACUUUCAUAUCAGUUUGCAAUCAUAUUUAUAAAUCUCUUCUCGGACAAACCUAAAGGUAAUUUGACCUUCAAAGGUUGUUAAUGCUGAAGUAGCCACAUGCCUAUUUCGCUUUAAGUUCGUCAUUUUUUACUUCCCUACACAAGCAGAAGCACCUCUUGGUGUCUUUCAGUAAAUUGUCAGGUGAGCCAAUUUUUGAUAUCAUUGCGUUGUAUGUUUUUUUGGAAGCAAUAAACUUUCAGAAUGAUUAAAAACUUAGACGUUCAGUAUGUGUACGGCGACCUUAAAUAUUGCAGGCGGUAUUUGAAUGUAUCUAUUCUGGUGUUCAUGAAUUACAGAAUACAGUUCUUUAUUUGCCCUUCUUUUACUAACAAAUGAAUCGACUCGACCUACCUGAAUAUGCCGAAGAUGCAGCUAUUUUGAGGUUUUAUCAUCUGGACUCACUUGACCCUGAUGUUUGGGUAGAUGACGAGGAUAAUUCUGAUAAUAACAACGACCACGAAAAAGAGUCAAGCAUUCAACAAUUUAAACAUCCUGAAGAAGAAGACAACCUUAAUAUAUCGACCAUUAAGCCCUCGGAAAGUGAUAUAGAUUUGCAGGUUAUAGAUGACAGUGAUCCUUUAGGUGUCUACAGCUCCAUCUUCCCAGAUGAAAUGUCUAGGAACACAAACAUAACUCAAUUAAAAGAAAAAACUACCAUGAUGAUUACCAACAAGAAGUUCCAACCUCGUCAAUUUCUUCUUCAGGUCCAUAAAGAGACUUCUUAUAAUGAUUUAGUCGCCGGCGAGGAACGCUUAAGAAGAGGUGUCGAUAAACGAGCCGAAGCGUUAAAGAGUCUCGUCCAUCAAAAUUUUGAUCGUUUUGUCAGUGCUAAAAACACUAUCGAUCAUGUGUAUGAAGAAAUGAAAUCAAAGCAAUUAAACCAGCAACAAGACUACGGAACAAUUGAUAUUCAAAGAUCUCUAGAUGCGGCUAAUACACGUGCUGAACAGGUGUAUGGGCCUGUUGUUGAAAGACGAAAUCGUGUCGAUAAAGUCAGAAGCACUUUAUAUAUUUUGCAAAGAUAUAGAUUUUUAUUCAACUUACCCAGCAGUCUUUUGGAAUCAAUUAAACAGGCCAAAUAUGAAGCAGCUAUUCGAGACUACAAAAAGGGUAAAUACCUAUAUCAAGCAUUGAAAGGGGACUUGGAUUCAACUGAUAGAUCAACCGGUUUAUCUGAAAUGGAAAAAGAAACCGGGAUCACGGAUUUGCAUCGAAAAGUAUUCGACAAAGUCUGGAUUGAAGUCAGCAAAAUUGUUAUCGAGUUACAGAAUGUAUUACUUCGUAUGUUAGCGGAUCCCUGGAGAAGUAUGGACGAUCAAGAAAAGACCAUAAACUUCCUGUUUGACUUAGAUACGACAAAAGAUCCUGCUUGGUUCUAUCUAGACAGUCAAUAUCAAUGGAUUAUGGGGUUAAUGAAAGAAACGUAUGAUGCAAGUGUUCUUAAGAUCAAUCGGUUGAAAGCAGAGGACCUGGAUACGGACGAAUCACCGAUUAAACGCAGUUUAUCAUUAAAAAAAGCCAUUGGACAAAUACAAACAAAAAUAUCAGAACUCAAUGUUGAAGCCGACAGUGAACUUAGAAUUUGGAAGGCUAUUUCGGAUCUCGUAAAAUCCCAAUCAACAUUGUUGUUAAGAUGUUUACCUGAUUUUUGGAGAUUAGCAAAAGCUUUUAUAGAAGGUAAAUUUUCCAAUAAAGCAGCAGCUGUUUCACCAAUGGGUAUUGCAUCCGAUCCUCCAACCUCACGUAGAAGAAGACAUGGUAUGGAUAUGGCUAAAGUAGAACAGUGUCAGCGAAUGACAGGAGAUAUCAUUGGAAGAUACGCAUCCUUGAUUUCUGAUCAUUUUUCUCUCGACGAGAAAAAUCUCCAAUUGAAAAAAAUCAUGGAUGGAUCUGACAAAUAUUUGAUGCCAGCUUUUGUACCAAUUAAUGCCAAUUCAAUUUACACGUCUGAAUAUUUAACGUUGAUUAUCAGUGAUCUAGCCAAUUGUGUUAAUGACAUCAAUACAAUUAACUUGGCAGGUGAAGCAUUCUCCGGAUUAACUACUUUAAUGGAAAAAGCAAGAUCCAAAUUCAUUGACAUCCUUUGUAAGUGUUGGGAGAGAGAUGCGAAAACUUUCUAUAUGUUGGAAGAAUGGAUUCUAGACCCUCAAAAUCCUCAAUUUACGACACUGUUAAAACGAUAUUAUGACUAUCAUAAGUUUUGUGCGAGGUCUGCUUAUAAAAUAGCUAGUCUUUCUGCCGUUUCUGAUGAUAUAGAAAACCAAGAAAAGCGCAUCAUUGCGCCAAAUUAUAUCGAUAAGGUUAGGUCAUCGUUCCUGGAGUCACUGUAUACAUUUUUGGAUGGUUUGGUGCAACUAGCGUUUGCAGACUAUACACCACUCCAUGAAAAAGACGAACUUGUUUUGGCUAAAAAACGAGAGAAGAUCGACGUGCACUCGGUGGAUGUCCGCAUUUUAUUGACUGUUAGUAAUUUGGAUCAUAUGCGCUCAAAUGUGAUGAGAAAACUAUUUGAUUUGUUCGAAGUUGCUUAUCAUAUUCAGAUGGAAGAAGACCUAAGAACUCUCAUUGAUGUUGUAGAUCAGCUUGACGAAAUUCUUUUUGGGGACUAUAUUAAACGCAAAGCCCAAAUGAUUCGUGAUAUUAUAAAACAAGGUAUUCUUAUGAGCGGUAUAGAUUGGUCAAGCAUUCCCAAGCCUCAAGAGGUCCAUCCAUUUGUAUAUGAAGCGUUGAUGACACUUGUAAUGGUUCAUGAGCAGAUAAGUAGUGCAACUAAGCAACUUGUAUCACGAGCUUUAUCCAAGUUGUUAGAGACUAUGGCCAGUGAUUGUUUGGAUAGUUUUAGGCAAGUAGAGCGAUUUGGUAUGGGUGGCAUGCUUCAAGCUACUCUUGAGAUUGAAUUCAUGCAUCAAACAUUAUCACAAUACGUAACACCAGCUGCAUCUGAUACCCUUCAAUCUAUAUAUCAAACUAUCGAACAAGCCUAUGAUCCUCAACAACAGCAAUCUAGCAAUCUUCAAUCUGAGUUGAGUCAUGUAAAGGAACUACUUGUGUUUAGUCGAAUUAGUAUUGCAAGACCUUUCUAUUAUGGAAGCAUCGCGUAUCCCUUAAAUGGCAAAAAGGCGUCUGAUGCAGAUCAUACUCAUAAAUGGACCGUCAUGGUGAAAGGUUUAAACAAUGAGGAUCUCAGUUACUACAUUAAGAAGGUCGUCUUCAAACUUCAUGAAACGUAUCCAAACCCUUUAAGAACUAUUGAAAGUCCACCUUUCGAAGUUUCAGAAACAGGAUGGGGAGAAUUCGAAAUUAUGGUCAAAAUACACUUUCACUCAUCAACAGCAGAGAAGCCAGUAGUACUUUAUCAUCAUUUGCGACUUCACCCUUACGAAGAUGAUAUAAAUGGACAACCUUGGCCUAAAGAUAAACCAGUGAUGAGCUUAUUAUAUGACGAAUUAGUCUUUAAUGAACCCACCGAAUCUCUAUACCAUACAUUUCAACAACACAAUGCUUUGUCUGUUAACUUACCAAACAAGAAAUCAAUUAAAGACAGUUCCCAACCACUAUUUAGUGUUCAAUUAGAACAAGACGAGAUCGAUCGUUUAGAUCAUGCUCAGCAAGAAAUCAAUACUCAAAUAGCUUUAUUAAAGCAAAAAAUGGAUACUUUAGAUGGAUAAUUAAUGGGGGAUGAAAAUAAAAAACUAAUUAACUAUGCGUUA